AUGCUCUCCGCCGGUCUCCUCAGCUGCAUCCUCCUCGCCGCCUCCGCCGUAGCCCGUCCUUCUGGCUUGGCCGGUCGCAUUGCGCGUCGUCGCGCUGGCUCCCACCUCUCGCAGCCUCUUCAGCGUUCGGAGCUCAUCAGCGACCAGAGUAACGUGGAGUACAGCUCUAACUGGGCUGGUGCCGUCUACGCCGAGGGCGAUGGUACUUACACUGCCGUGACCGGAACAUUCGUCGUCCCCACCCCGAGCGCACCCAGCGGCGGCUCUGGCACCUACUCUGCCGCCGCCUGGGUUGGCAUUGACGGCGACACCUGCGAUAACGCGAUCCUGCAGACAGGUGUGGACUUCACCGUUGACGGCGGCGAGGUGUCCUAUGACGCCUGGUACGAAUGGUACCCUGACUACGCUUAUGACUUCUCCGGGAUCAGCAUCAGCGCUGGCGACACGAUCAAGACGACUGUCACCGCGACGAGCACGACUAGCGGCACGGCCGUCAUCGAGAACGUCUCGACUGGCCAGACCGUGACACAGAGCCUCACCUCCUCCUACGCCCUCUGCGAGGAGAACGCCGAGUGGAUCGUCGAGGACUAUGAGGAGAAUGGGGGGCUUGUCUCGUUCGCCGACUUUGGCACCGUCACGUUCACCGACGCCGUGGCAACCACCAGCUCCGGCACCCAGGGCCCGUCUGGCGCGACACUCAUCGACAUCGAGCAGAACGGUAAUGUGCUCACCUCCGCGUCUGUCUCCUCGUCCGAGGUCGUCGUUAAGUACACUUGA